AUGUCCGGAGACCGGGGUCUAUUUAAUCCUUCAGGACAAAACGGCGUGCCCUCAAAGAAAUACAAUAUAUUCAUUUGUAGGGACAAAGUAAUAAAGCUAAUGCGUACAAUGAAUAUAUUGUAUUUCUUUGAGGGCACGCCGUUUUGUCCUGAAGGAUUAAAUAGACCCCGGUCUCCGGACAUGUCGUCAGAAUUGAUUAGUCUGGUUAAGAUAGAAAUAUCGUAUCCCACCAGGAAACAUGGUUACCCCAUUAAACCUCUUAUUAUGAGUGAUAUCGUAUACUUUCAGGCCGCCAAGGCUGUCCAGGCUGUCCGUAAGGUUUCCCUUCAUUUUUAUAUUGAGGUGUACGUCACGGUCGGGAAAUGUAAUGGAGCUAAACUAGAGAGCAUGUCAAGAGUCGAUUAA